AGGCGUUUUUAAUGUCGUACUAUGCACCGUGUGAUGCUGUAAACAAGAUUUUCACGGACAGAUCUGUGAAGAGAUCUACUGUUUUUGGUGUAGCUAAUGUUUACGAAAGCACAKAAUGCAAACGCUCCGGGAGGAACAGGGUCUUCCUCUGUCGUCUCUGCGUCUUUUUGUUCCGCCCCUGCGGCUGGUGUGUGCUGCUCUGUGGCAGGUGAUCGAGCGGAGAGACAUCAUGGACUAUGGGCUGCUGGAGGAGUUUGCCACCACCGUGUUGGAAAUAGUCCCUGAGCUGAUGAGUUACAGAGAGAGGGUCCAACUUCUCAUGGGACUAAGAGCACGGCUGGUCCUAGAGUUAUGUCGCUGUGAUGAUGAGUUGUGUCGCCCUGACACCGUUCAGCCACACCUGAACAGGAUGAGGAGCUGUAUCUCCAAUCAUAAGGGAGAGGUUUCAGAUCCAAAUGUGGAAGCAUCAGAGGCGAACUUCACGAAGCUGAUUGAAACCCUAAUGGAGGAGCCAAAGGAGAGGGACCUCUUCUUCCAGAAUGUUUUUCCAGAGGAGUUUGGCCCCAAGUAUGACUCAACACUGCAGAUUCUUGUGUGGGAGUUCCUGUCCAGACUGGAGAAACUGCUUCCUGCUCCAAACAUUAAACAGACUGCAUCGUGGCUCAACCUUGCCCCUGCUCUCUUAGAGGAGUGUGUGCAGUCUGUGGCUCACCCUGAGCCAUUACAGGCACUCCUCCAUCACCAUAAAAAUGGAAAACAGUUAGACACCAAUGCUCUAAGGUCGACUGGUGGUGACUACAUCCUCUCUUCACUGUCUUCCCCUUCCUCUGUGAAGGAAGAAAGUGCCUCUUACCAAGCUGGCCCAGAGAGACAGUCCUAUCCCACCAUGCAGGGAUAUCAAAGCCCUUUCCCAUGUGAUGAACCAGAGAUGAGUUGGGACUGCCGAAUGGCAGAUUGUAGGGUCUGGACUGUAAAGCCACCAGCCGGUUCUGCUUCUGUGGAGGUAGAGGUCGAGACUAUAGAGGACGCCACUGAUAUAAUGGUUAAACGCAAGACAAUCGACAAAGAGUCGAUAAAAGAGACGAGGAGAGAAGAAGCUGUUUUCUGCCCUCAGACACGCAGCGGACUGAAAACCAGCCGCUUGACAGCUGCCUGUCUGCGCCGUCAGCCUGUACUGCGUUUGAACAGGCUUGACAUUAGCAAUAUGCCAUUACCCAAGUCCUUGCUAACACUGAUUCUAAGGAGAGGGAGACUGCAGGCUGAGGUGACAAGACGCCCAGGACCGAAAAGAAGAGGCAGAAAGAAGAAACGGAGACGAGGACGGGGUGUUGCAAACGAGAAGAUUGAAACAGACACACUUGACGUGAGCGAUAUGCCGCUACCCAAGUCAUCACUAACGCUGACUCUAAAGAGAGGGAUAGUGCAGGCUGAGGCGACGAGUUCCCAAGUACCGAAGAAAAGAGGCAGAAAGAAAGGACAGAAAAUAGGACCUGGUAUCACAAGAUUAAAGAUUGAAAAUGUUGGAGUACAUACYCUUGACAUUAGCGAUAUGUCAUUACCCAAGACCUCGCUAAAGCUGAUCAUACGGAGAAGGAAACUGCAGGCUGAGGCAACGGACAGAAAAGAAGGACAGAAAAGAAGAGGCAGAAAGAAAAAAUGGAGAAGAGGACGUGAUGUCAGAAAUGAGAAGACUGAAGCAAAGGGUGUGAAAAGAGAGCGGUCACCUGAAACUGAGGAAGAUGCCGAACCAUCAGAUAAUGAACUUUGGACCACUGUCAAUAAAGGGGCCACUGUCGAUGAGUCUGGUGGGGUCCGUGCUUCUCCUCAUUGUCCAUCAUCUCAUAAGAGGGAGGAGGAAUUGCAACAGCCCAUACAGCACUUUCACUCAGAGGAGCACGGGGGUCAUAUGGCCAAAGGGCAGAACAGAGAAGAACACUCAGAGAGUGUACCUCAGGACUCUCUUUAA